AUGUGCAGCACCUCAGGGAUGAAGUUCACUGCUGCUCUACUGUCUGUGGCCUUCUGUUUGCAUCUGGGCCUCAGUGCUGUCCUGCCAGGUCCCAAGUGUGGUUUCCCGGAGGUGAGGGGCCUGCUCGACCGUUCUCUGAGGAUCGUUGGGGGAACAGAGGCUCUGUACGGCUCCCAUCCAUGGCUGGUGUCGUUGAAGUCAAUGGGUCUCCACUUCUGUGGUGGAUCUAUUCUCUCUGAUCGCUGGAUUCUGACAGCUGCGCACUGCCUCUAUCACAUGUCAAACAGUACUCUUCAAAACGUCACUGCUGUCGUUGGGGAGCAUGAUCGAAGACGGCCAGAUCGAGGGGAACAGACGUUCAGGCUGAAAACAGUCAAAAUCCAUGAGAAGUACCGGUCUUCCUCUCCUAUGAACUACGACAUCGCCCUGUUGGAACUUGACGGACAGAUUCAGUUCGGUGAACAUGCUCAGCCAUUGUGCUUGCCCCUGCCCAGUGAGAAGUUCCAGCCCAGCGCCAGCUGCAUUGUUGCUGGAUGGGGGCGUGUCAGAGAGCGUGGAUACCUCCCACCUGUUACCCAGGAGGUGAUGCUGGACCUUGUGGAUCCAGCCAGAUGUAAACACGUCCUCCAGACCCUGAGACCCAGGCGGACGCCCCUCACCGUGGUGUGUGCAGGCCCAGAGAGAGGAGGGCGAGAUGCUUGCCAGGGCGACUCAGGAGGGCCUCUGCUCUGCCGGAGGGAGGAUGACCACUGGGCCGUGGUCGGGGUCACUUCAUGGGGCAAAGGGUGUGGACGCAGCUGGAUCGACAACCUAUUCAAGUCUCCGAGGAUGAGGGGCUCACCUGGCAUCUUCACGGACGUCAAGGUCUUCUUGCCGUGGAUCAAAAACAUUCUUAAAGAAGCAGAACUUCAAGCAGUAGUCCCUCCAAGGUUAUGUCACGUUACUGAUGGGACUUUGACUGGACACAGAGGUCUUAUAUUAAAUCCUGCGGUGCCUGCCCAAACCUAUGCAAACAAUGAAAUGUGUUUGUGGUCCAUUAACGCCACUGAGGGACAUCAUAUUCUGCUGGAGUUCCUGAAGUUUGACUUGGAGAAUGACACGCUCUGCCAUAGCGACCAGCUUGGUGUCCUAGGAGGGGACGAUGACAGGGUCAUUGGGAGGUACUGUGGGGACCGUCUCCCAGGGCCUCUGUUAAUCAGCUCCAGCAGGGCCAACGUACAGUUUGUGUCUGACGCCUCUGGUCCUGGAGCAGGGUUUGCUAUCCAGUACAAAGCUGUGCCACCAGACUUUCAGCUUGGGCCAAACUGUGGCACCGUGGCGCUGUUCCAGACACAGGGAGCUGCUGUCCGAAGUCCCCGCCACCCAGAGGCCUAUGGCGGGGGUGCGGACUGCCGCUGGGUCAUCCACGCGCCCCAGGGACACAUCAUCAAGCUUGAAUUCCAUGAUUUUGACCUGGAGCACUCAGAGCGAUGCCAAUUUGACUCCCUUAAGAUUUUUGGAGAUAUUGAUGAGAGACAAGACAUUGUGGUUCUUUGUGGAUCUCAUCUACCUCCUCCUGUCCUGAGCUAUGACAGCGUGAUGGUGAUCCGCUUCUCCUCAGACAACAGUGUAACGGCCCGUGGGUUCCACGCAACCCCAACAUUCAUCAGCAGAUCUGAGCUCCAUGAGGGUGGCACAACACGACUGGAGGACGAAUCAGAGCCCAGCGACAUACCCCACUUACGCAAUGGGCAGACAGCGGGGUGUGGAAUGUCUCAGUACCCUGCUGGCUCAGAGGAGGGAGGUCUGGAUGCAGGGGGAGAGGGAGAGGGAGAGGGCACGUCGCUGGAGGCUUGGCCCUGGAACGUGCGUCUGCAUCUGGGCACUGAGGUCAUGUGUCUGGGGGCCAUCCUCCAGACAGGCUGGAUCAUCACAGCGGCCCACUGUGUGCAUGAGCUGGAUGAGGAAGUGCUUGACAUGUUGACUGUGGAAACAUCAGCUCCAGACAACCAAGUAAACACAAACACAACAGAAACACAAGCAGAACACAUGUGGUUUUCCCUUGAAUGCACAAUACACAGUAAAUUAAUGCAACACAGUCGGAGGGUGAGGACCGUCCUCCUGCACCCCGACUAUGGGUCCUCGUCUCAGGACUCUGAUGUGGCAUUGCUGCAGCUGGACUCAGAGCUGGUGCUAUCUGAAGACAUCCAGCCUAUAUGCCUUCCCAGCCCCCUCCAGGAGGCCUCGCUCUGGGCUCUGGACUGCAGCAUGUCUGCAGGGAGCAGGCAUGGAGGAGCAGUGGCCCUCAAUAGCAAUGCAUCACAGCAUUCAGUUGAAACUCUGCUGAUGAAACCUGUCGAGUGUGAACACUACUACCCUGGCAGACUGGCGGACAGCAUGCUGUGUGCUGAACCUACAGGACAGAAUCAGGACAGCUCGUGUAUGGAUCAUGAUGGAGAUGCCCUAGUCUGCCGUCGGCCACAUGAGUCCAGUUUCUUCAUCCUGGGGGUGUCCAGUUGGACUGAGGGGUGUGGGACGUCUCCAAGGCCUGUGGUUUACUCCUCUAUACUGCAUGCCUUGGACUGGAUACUGGAACAACUCCAUGUGACUUUGGAUGAAAAUCUCCAAGUGGCGUCAGAAGAAAUGGAUUAUUGGACUGAAUCGUCUGGGGAGUUUUAGGUCAUAGCAUCACACAACACCUCAAGAUACCAGACCCACCUCAACCAUGGUGCUCUCAAUGAUCAGUAUUUUAUAAUAGUUAAGUGUUAUUAUUACCUCAUGCUAUUUAUGUAUAAAUGUAUU